AUGGACAACAUUAUUCAUGUGAAGAAAUGCUUGCAGUACCAGGACCUUAAGACUGUAAAUUCUUUGAUGAAACUUGAAUCGCAUCUUUCCAGGAUUGCUGGAAAAUACUCUAGGACAUUCCCACCAUAUGUGCAGGAAGCAUGUUCUGCCGGGGCACGAAGAAAUCUGAAGACCAACUUGUGUAAAUGGUGCGACUCCACCUCCCCAGUGUGUGAGGAAAAGGUGUGCUACAGCAACUGUAAUUUGAACUCCUAUUGUGAGAGUCCAUAUGAAAUCUGUGUGGCCAUAUGGAAGCAAGACAAUGACAGCAUUAAGAUCAGCACUCUGUGCCACAACCCACAGCUCCCAGUAGAAGAUGUAAUGGUUCCAAAUUACAACACCUCACGGUGCAUCAUGACCCAUCAGUCUAGUGAGGAAGGAAUAUUUUACAUCUGUGGUUGUGUGGAUGAACAGGAAUGCAACGAUAAACUCAUAUUUGAAAACCACACCAAUGGAUACUCCAUGCUGCAGAGCAAAGAGGCCAUUCCUGUAGCAGCAAUAAGCCUGCUCCCCCCUCUGCUCAUGGCUGUCAUGAUAACGGUGAUAUUUUACCUCUGCCGCACCCAGAAGCAGAAAAAGAGAGCCAAGGACUGGGGCCAGAAGCACCCACAGCACCAGGCUUUGCCCGAGCCAGGAAAAGCUGCUGAGGACGAUGAGAAAUUAUCUGUGAUGACAGACGACAAUCACUCCAGCAUGAUCUUCACCUGCGUCAACAGCAUCAACCAUAACACCGAGCUGUUGCCAAUUGAGCUGGAUGAGAUAGUGGGGAAAGGCCAGUUUGCCGAGGUCUGGAGGGCCAAGCUGAACCACACCACUUCGGGGCAAUACGAGACAGUAGCUGUUAAGAUUUUCCCAUGCGAGGAAUAUUCCUCAUGGAAAAAUGAAAGCCAGAUCUUUACAGAGGCCAGCCUCAAGCAUGAGAGCGUCCUUCAAUUCCUUACAGCAGAGGACAGGGGGUCUGGGCCCCGGAAGGAAUACUGGCUCAUCACUGCCUACCAUAGAAGGGGCAACCUGAAGGACUAUCUGUCCCGACACAUUCUGAGCUGGAUAGACUUACAAAAAAUGGCCGGCUCCCUGGUGGACGGCGUGGCCCACCUGCACAGCGACUACACUGCCUGUGGCAGGCCAAAGAUCCCAAUCGCUCACCGGGAUAUCAAAAGCACCAACAUCCUGGUGAAGAGCGAGUGGGAGUGCGUGAUUUGUGAUUUUGGCAUUGCUCUAAAGCUAGAUCCUUCCUUAACAGCGGAUGACUUUGCUAACAGCGGGCAGGUUGGCACUGCCAGGUACAUGGCUCCUGAGGUUCUAGAGUCUAGAGUGAAUCUGGAAGACCUGGAGUCCUUCAAACAAAUGGACGUCUACUCCAUGGCCUUGGUUUUAUGGGAAAUGGCCUCUAGGUGUGAGGUUGUAGGAGAGGUAAAAAGUUAUGAGCUACCUUUUGGGUCGAAAGUCCAGGAGCAACCCUGUGUGGAUACCAUGAGAGACAUUGUGCUGCACGGCAGAGGGCGCCCAGAGAUACCCUGCAACUGGCUAGUGCAUCAGGGAAUGCACUUUCUGUGCGACACCAUCACAGAGUGUUGGGACCAUGACCCCGAGGCUCGCCUUACAGCCCAUUGUGUGGCAGAGCGGUUCAAUCUGAUGGCACAAAUGGACUGUGAUGACAUCCUCAACAACAAUACAGACAAUGAAGGCAGCAAAACAGCCCGUCUAAGUGGGGAACAUCAAGCCAGUGACGGGAACAGAAAUACCCAGUGA